GAGAAGCCGAGCAAGACAGUGAGGAGAGACAGACAAAGACAGGGCAAGGAGAGGCCCAGGGCCCACUGGGGGCAGAGAGAGCUGAGGAGAGGCAGUGUUCAAAGUAAUUGAACAGAUACAGAGACUGAGACACUGGUAAGAAAGAAAGUCAACAGGGAGGAAUAUCUACUCUCAGAGACCUAGAGAAUGUGAAAAGAAGCCAGAGGAUCAGAGAGUCAGGGCCGGUUAGACAUUAGACAGGAGUGUCAGAAAAGUUAGCAAGAGGGAGGGAGAUCACGAAGGGAUGGAUAUGAAAGGAGAGACAAAGAGGGUGAGGGAGAAUAGAUUCACAAAGUGCAAAUAUCGAGAUUCAAGAGAUAGACAAGGAAUACUGGCAUACAGAGAGACAAGAGGAGAGAAAGGGACAAAACUUAGAAAUACAGCAAAGAUGGAGAGUUUUCAAAGACCUAGAGAAGGGGGACAGCAAGAAGUGAGACAGUUGGAGGUAGACUUGUUAGGAAAACUUAUCCAAAAUUUGACGGGGGACGCCUGGGUGGCUCAGCGGUUGGGCGCCUAUCUUCUGCUCAGGUCUGAUCCCGGAAUGCGGGAUUGAGUCUCGCAUCGGGCUCCCUGCGAGGAGGCUGCUUCUCCCUCUGCCUGUGUCUCUCAUGAAUAAAUAAAUAAUAAAGUCUUUUAAAAAUUUUGACAAUAGGACAAAAAGAUGAUUGGGAGCCCUCUCUGCGUUUCCUGGCAUUGUCUGUCAAGCCAGCUUCUGAUUCUCGAAAACGAAGUAACACUUUCUCUCUUAAGUACCUUUUUAAAAAAAAAUAUUUUAUUUAUUUAUUCAUAGAGAUGCAGAGAGAGAGAGAGAGGCAGAGGGAGAAGUAGACUUCAUGCAGAGAGCCUGACGUGGGACCCGAUCCCGGGGCUUCAGGAUCACGCCCUGGGCUGCAGGCGGCGCUAAACCGCUGCGUCACCGGGGCUGCCCUCUCUUCUCUUAAGUACCUUUUGAUCAGAAUCCAGGCUGCAAAUGCUUGUGGUUAGAGUUGUGUAUCACCUCUAGGACACCGAGCAGAAACUGACACCCGGGCCCGCUACCCUGUGGGCGCACUACUAAUUCGACUUUGGGCUUUUAUUUCAGUGCUCCUUUUUCUCACCUUUUCUGUUCUUUCUCAUCUUUCUGGAACCACCUAUGUCAUCCUAGUUCCCUCCAUGAGGUAAAUAGCUUUUUGACACGCAAUCAUAGAGCUUAUUUUUAACUUUUAAAAAAUAUUUGACAGUCUGAGCGGAAUGAAUUCUUCAGGAUGGGAGACAAACCGAGAGAAAGAGAAAACGGACAGCCGGGAAGGGAAGGAGAUAGGGAGGAUGAUGGAAAGUCACACAAAGUAGGCGGCGGGAAAAAUUCGAGAGAAAUGAAGCAGCUUCGGGCAGAGAAAGCCUCCGGCGCCCCCGGCUGGACUCUACGCGCAGCGCCCCCGUCGCCGAACUACAUUUUCCGGCCGGCCUGGGAGUGCCGGGCGCAGAGCUCAGAGCCCUCAGGGGCGGGACUCCUCCAAUCUCGCCAGUCCCGGUCAGUCUUGCGUCUCCGCGGAUAACAUGGAGGCUGAGCUCAGCCGCCUCCAGAAAAAGGCACUGUAAGGCAGGAGAUGGGGAAGAGCCACAGCCCCACCGGCCCAGCAGAAGCAGCUGGCCCGCGUCGCGGUCUGGAGGUAGAGGCAGGUGUGGCAGGAGAGGCCAAGAGGCUGCCAUUGUGGGCACACACUGGACAGGCACUGGGGAGAGACCUCAUCAAGGCGCGUGGCUCAGGGAGGCGGAAUGAAGACAACUCCCCGGCUGCAAGUGUCAGGGAAGGCACCCCUUGGUGGGAUUGGUCUCCGCCACAGUGCCAAGCGGGACCGAAAGUCCAUCACACUGCAUGUAAAGUUAGAGGUGCUUCGGAGGUUUGAGGAAGGUGAGAAGCUAACUCAGAUUGCCCGAGCCCUGGGGCUGGCCACCUCUACCGUCGCUUCGAUCCGUGUCAACAAGGACAAGAUCUGGGCCAAUUCUCAGGCAGCCACACCUGUCAGUGCCACACAGCUGACCCGCUGCCGGGGUGUGGUGAUGGGCCAUAUGGAACGCUUGCUCAGCCUAUGGAUUGAGGAGCAAAAGCGGCAGAACCUGCCCAUCAGCACACUGCUCAUCCAGGAUAAGGCACGACGGCUCUUUGUGCAGCUGCAGCACGAGCAGGGCAAUGGCACUCAGGCUGAGACCUUUGGGGCCAGUAAUGGCUGGUUUGCCCGAUUCAAGGCUCGCCACAAUGUGCUUUUGACAGAUGAGCCAUCCGUGGCUGACACCCAGGCUGCUGCCCACUACCCCCUAGUGCUGCGCACCAUUCUGGAGGAAGGCUGCUACUCACCACGCCAAAUCUUCAAUGUGGAUGAGACGGGCCUAUUCUGGAAGCGGCUCCCAGAGCGCAUGCUACUGGCACUGGAAGGGGCAGCUGGGCCUGGCCUCAAGGCCUCUAAGGACCACCUGACCUUGCUGCUUGGUGGCAAUGCAGCUGGCGAUUUCAAACUGAAGCCUCUGCUGGUGUACCCCUCAGAGAACCCACGUGCUCUCAAGGGCUGCUCCAAGGCCAGCCUUCCUGUGGUCUGGCGCUCAAACCGCAAUGACUGGCUGACACCCAGCAUCUUCCAGGAGUGGUUUACUGGCUGCUUCUGCCCUGCUGUAGAGAACUACUGUGCCAGCCACGGCCUCCCACACCGUGCCCUGUUGCUCCUGGAUGGCGCGCCCUGCCACCCUGCUCACCUGGAUGGCCUCUCAGCCCAUGUGAGAGUUGAAUUCCUGCCCAAGAACACAUCGGCCCUGAUCCAGCCCAUGAACCAGGGUGUCAUUGCCACAUUCAAGGCCUAUUACCUGCGCCGCAUGCUCAGCCAGCUAGUCCAGGAGACAGCUGGUGAAGACCGACCCUCUGUGCAGGAGUUCUGGCGAAGCUAUACUGUUGUGACCGCUGUGGACAAUAUAGCCGAAGCCUGGGCAGAGCUGCAGCCUGUCACCAUGAACAGUGCCUGGAGAAAGCUCUGGCCCGAGUGUGUCCCUGCUGGCACACCUGAGCCUGACACUGUGCCUCAGCUCCGCCGCAGCAUUGUUGCACUAGCUAGCCACGUGGGCCUUGGAGAUGCAGCUGAGGCUGAUGUUGCCAACCUACUGCAGGCCCAUGGGGAGCACCCCCGCCACGGCAUCCCCCAGGAUACAGAAGAUGGGGACAUCAGUGGCUCUGGGUUGCCUUGGGAGGCAGGGAAAGGCUCAGUUUCCAGAAAACCAGAGCCAGAUUUCACAGAGGCUGUGGUGGGUGCAAGGACUGAGGAAGCUGGUGUGGGUGCUCUGAGCCCCGAGCACCUGGCCCAGGCCCUGUCUCACUUUGCUGCUGGUUUACGAGUCCUCAUGGAGAAUGAUCCAAACCGGGAGCGCAGCCUGCGGGUCUCUCGGGGUGUCCACUGUGCCCUUGCCCACCUCUGGGAGCUGCACCGGGAAGGGAGGCGACAGGCUCGGGCAGCUGCAUCCUCAGGAGGCCUCACUGCAGUGGCAGCAAGGGAGUUGGCAGGAAACCUGCCUUUGCCCCAAGUAGGGCCCAUAGAGGGUAGAGAAGUGGCUAAGGGCACACGUCCAGAAGGGCAGACCUCUGGCUGUCCUGUAUGAUUUGGGGCUUGGACUUGACCUCAUGUGAUCUCUGUCUAGUGAUGUUUUGUUUCUGGAGGUCAGAUACUGCUACUUCUCCCACAUGGUUCUCAUAUCUCAUGAUCUGUGGUCUCUGUAUAGUGACAUACAGCUUCAGGCUUGGGGAACAGAAGGGUGGUGGUCUCUGAUUGGCAGAUGAAUUGUAGGGCCCAGGAGUGCCCUCCCAUGACAGAGACACAUCCUGUAGUAUGGUAGUUGCCCAGCAUAGCCUGCCAGGGCAGCUUUCCUUGUGGUGAGAGGCCAGAAGUAAGAUCAGCCUCUUCCAUUUUCCAAACUUGACCUCUCCCUGCACCAUUGGAACCCUUCCUUGCCAACUUUAGAUGAGGGUUUCCUGUUCUGGGCAUGUCUGUUCUCACUUUCCAUGCCAUCCUCACGUCUUCUGGCUUCCAUGGCCUCUGUUGACUCGGGUCUCUGGUACCUUCUCUGUGCCUGAGCACUUUGAUACUGUGGAUUUUGAUACCAGGGAUCACUUCCUUGGUGAGAUGUUUUCUUCCUGAGUUUCUGUGGUAUAGUUGUCUUGGCUUCCUUCCAUCCUCUGAGGUUGAGGCUUUUGUGACUGUGAUGGUCUCCCUAUUCUGGUGCUCUUUGAAAAAUACCAUCCACUCCUAAGAGCUCAGUGAUCAACUCAGGGUUAACUCCUAGUACAUUGGUUACAGCCCAGCCUCUCCCUGAGUUAGAUCCAAAGCUCUGAUUCUGAUGGACACACACACACACACACACACACACACACACACACACACAGUUUUAUUAUCUCCCCUAAUUCCAGUUUGUUUUUCUGUCCCCCAAACUAUAACAAUGGGCAUUGUGGGGUGUCCAUCUGACUGCAGAAACACCACCUGGGUCACCAAAACCAAAGCUGCAUGAGCCACAGGUGGUGGGACAGGGGUGUCUGGGCUUUUGAACUCCUUUGAACACAAGUGCACAUACACACACUCACACCAAGUAAUAAAGAUGAGAGAAAGGAUUCCUGCUACUUCUGUCAGCUAACACUGCAUCGAUGGGCUUGCUGUCAUAUCACAGGGGCUGGGGGCCAGGGAGGGACUUGAACAGCCAGCCUUAUUGGGAGAAAGGUCAUAUGAGGCCCCACGCUUGCUUUCCUGGGGAAAGUAGUAAGAGGGAUGACAAAGAGAAGGGAAGCUUUUCUUAGGAUUCUGGUGACAGACUGGAUUAAUUGAUUGCACAAUUUGUGAGUACUUGUAAUAUGCCAGGUGUUGAGGAGACCAGAGUGAGACUGACUUCAGGAGCUGCCAGUCCAGAAGUUGUUGCAUUCUAUGUGACAAUGAUAUGGGAGAGCUUGGUUCUUGUCUCACGGAGUCGAAGAAUGAAUCUCGUGGACACAGGAGAGUGAGUAAAGUGAUAAAAGUUUAAGUAAAGAUACAGAGAAAGCUCUCAGGAGUGAGAGGGGUCCCAACAGGGUUGCCCCUGAGGGCUUGUAGGGUUGGUCUUUUAUUGGAAGCCUAAUCAGGGAACCUAAACCCUUUUUUUUUCCCCCUAAACCCUUUUAACAUUAUCUAUUGACAUCACAUUGAGUAAGGACUAUUGAUAACAUCUUUAAUGGCAUACUUCUUUGGGGUCUGGUUAUUCUUUGUUGGUCACAAGUAGCUGUUAUUACAAGACACCCUCCCCACCCACACCUUAGGGCAGGGUGGUCUGGCUUGUUCCUUAAUCUCUGGUUUCCUUACAACUCAGCAGUUUUAGGAUUUUGUGUGUGCUUCCGUGGCGCCCUACCUAGCCCUGUUUGUCCCUAACUCAACAAGGCUAUGACAGGUGACUCAGGAGAGACCCCCACCUAGCCCGGGGUAGAGGUAGAGGAUAGGACAUAAUGGAUAGGCUUUCUGGGGAAGUGGUAUCUUAGCUUUCAGGGACCUUGCUGACAAGAAACUAGUCAUUUCCAAAUGCUGCGUGUUACAGAGGGGCUUUACAGAGGCAGCCCAGUGUAGUGGGGUGAUGAUUGGUGAAGCCUAAAGACCAGGAGAAAGGGGUAUCCUCUGUGGAGGCUGAGUGCGGUACAGCAGCUGAAGGAGACAGGUGACCAUGUGGGAAUCGUUGAGGCCAAAUCUGAAUGUGUGGAAGGAAUAGUUACAUGAGCAGCCACUCGUGGUCAUCCAGGCGUUGUGUAGCAGAGAUGAGGCACACAUGGGCCGGUCCAGGCAACAGGGCUUGUUUUUUCAGAGCCAGGGACAGCGCCUGACCCUCAACAAACGCGAUGCGGGAGACCCUGGAUUCUUCGACCAGCAGCCUUCCUAGGCCCCUGAACAUUUCAGAGUGGCCCUGGUGGUGGAUCAGGGAAACCCGGUGUCUUCUGGGAAAUGCAGUGUCUGCAACUCUACAGGCUGGCUCUCCGACACUCUUGGGAACUACAUUUACCAGAGAGCCUGGCCAACAGAGACUGUCUUCCGUGCCUUUCACUUCCGGGCGUGGACCGUUUCCAUAGAGACUUGAAGCACCUGACGCCAGUUUCCCUCACCUCUUGGCGUUUUUGCGCGGAAUGGUCGAGUGGGGGGCGGGGGUUGCACGCGAGGGGAAGGGCACAGGCGCCGGAAGCAGUCAGUGGAGGGGCCGGCAGCUUCCGGUUCUCGUUGCUAGGCUGGGGUUGGUUGCUGUCCCUGCACAGUGGAGCGGUCACGUGUGGCUCCCAGGGGUGGGGUGUGUGUGUGUGCAUGAGUCGCGCAGUGCAGCCACAAGUGUUGGAAAAGGCCUGGGGCAGGGUGUGUGCCGCCCGGCGGAGGGCGGCAGCGGAAGUGGUGAACAGAAGCACCGCCGGUUUCCCAAAAAGCCCUGUUAGUCCUCGAGGAAAGGGAUCCCGGGGCGCUUGGGAUGCGGAGUGUUCCAUGAUCGCAUCCUGACCCGGAAAUGAUUCCGGGCUGAGUUCGUCCCUGGCCGCUCCUCCGGUUCUGCCCUCGAAUGGGUGCUGUUAACCUUCCUGAGCCGAAUUUCUCGGGCUUCUCUACAGCAGUUCCCUUUUAGAUGGAUACCCAACCAAGCUCUUUCAAAACUGUUCUUACUUCCUCUGCGGAGGUCAAUUUCCGUAGCCCAGGCCUGAAUUCCCUCUUUGCUCCCACUACGCGUCCGGCCGUCUGUAUGUGAGAGUGCUCCGGGAGGGCACUCCACACUCCAGGAUUAAAUUGCAGACCCUUACGCGGCCGAAGGCUCUGCAGGAUUGCCCUGGCGACAGGGCUCUGGCCUGAUCUGAUCCCACUCCCCAGAAUGUUCUCUCCUGUAGCUUCCUCAGGACACCUGACAGCCAGCACUGGCCAGGCCUGUCCUGAGGACCAGGGGCCUGGAGAGCUGGCAGAGCUGUCCAAACCCUUCAUGGAUGGAGCUCAGAUUUUAUUGAUUUAUUCACAAGAGACACACAGAGAAAGAGAAGCAGAGACACAGGCAGAGGGAGAAGCAGGCUCCAUGCAGGGAGCCCGACGUGGGACUCGAUCCCAGGACUCCAGGAUCACACCCUGUGCCAAAGAUGGUGGUGGCAUUUGGAGAAAAGGCCAAAUCUGGAUCCCACAAAAGAAGACUGGGGGCCACCCAGUGCCCUGCAGAAGGCAGUCUUCAGGAAUGUGACUGGUUUGGUUUCCAGGCAGCACAGCUCCCCACCAUUCUCACAGGAUCUUGGAUGUGAUGCCAAACAACAGUUUUAUCACUGUUUUAACUUUUUACUGUCUAAAAAAAGAGGAGAAACACAAUUCCAUGUGUUUCACAAGUGACAAGUACAGUGAGAUACUCGAAUAAGUGAAACAUACCAAAUAAAAAGAGGGAUCUACUCUCUCGCUCCACCAACUGAAGUGAUUUGUCAUCUGCAUUGGGAAUGAGGAAAUGCUGAUUUUCCCCCUGUCAGAAGGCAAUGUGAGCUUUUGCUAUGUCAAAAAAUGAGAACAUGUAGGAUAUGCUGCAUGAGGCCCAUGUUAGCAUUGGGCAUGGAGGGAAGCAUAGGAUGCUGGCAGAGCUGAAGAGCUACAAGAAUGUGACAUAGGAAGCUAUACUCCUGUACUUGAAGAUAUACAGACCCUGGCAGCAUAAGUUGCAUCCUGUGAAGAAAUAGAUGUUGAAGACUAAUAUUUGUAGAGACGAGGAGCUGGUGCCGGGUGGACCGUAUUGAAAUGCAAUUUAAAUUUAUCAUGGUCUACCAGAGUCCCACCACCAAAUUUGUCCAGUGGAGGCUUCUGACCAGCAAAAGUGCUGGGGAUGUGGCCAUAUGUCUGCUAGAUAUCUUCAUAUCUUUUUAAAAAGAUUUUAUUUAUUUUAGACAGCAUGAACCAAGAAGGGGCAGAGGGGGAAAGUGAGAGAGGCAUACUCCUCACUGAGCCCUAUAGGCUCAGUCUCACAACUCUGAGAUCAUGACCUGACCUGAGCCCCCAUGUCCAGGUCAGUCACUUAACUGACUAAGCCAUCUAUGCACCCCACAUCUUCUGCAUCUUUGGGGCCCUUUCUAUUCUUUAGUCUGGAAAUGGAAGAUACUUUGCAAAUGAGGUAUGUGGAGUAGAUUAAUGAUCAUGACCAGGAAGCACCAUCUGAGCCAGAGCCCAGGCAGCAUGGAGUGGGGCCACCAAGACAUCUACAAUAUUGUGACUUGGUAGAGGGGACCAGUGUGUGGACCUGGGAGCUGCACUUUGUUCAAGUGAUGAAGAACAGAAUUUUGUUGUUUUAUUUUUUUUUAAUAUUUUAUUUUAUUUAUUUAUUUUUUUUAAGAUUUUAUUUUUAAGUAAUCUCUACACUCAGUGUGGGGUCUGAAGUCACAACCCUGAGAUCAAAGCUCAACAAUCUUGAGCUGCAGCCCAAGAAUAGAAUAUUUAAUGAGAGCAUCUGCAGUUCAUCUUAUGAGGGGAUGUUCGGUCAUGACAUCAAAGUGGGCGUGUUGACAUCCUCGGUUCCCAAUGGGGCAGUCAGCCAGCUGGAGGCAGAAGAGGAUCUGUAGGAGUUGCUGCAGAGUGUGAGGAUGGACAGGUCUGAGAAUGAGUGCAAUGGCCUCACUGUCUUGUUGCUGGAGGUGCCAAGAACUGGAGUGGUGCUUUGUGGUGUAUGCCCUAUGGGCUGUGGGGAAGCCCAGGUAUGUGAAUCCAGCAUGACAUAUGUGGACUCGUCCUGUGGCAGAGACUCUCAGGCUAUGAGAAUGGUGACUUGGGCAUGGAGGAGAGACUUCUUGCUUCCCUCAGUAUGCUUCCACUCCCAUUUAAGAAUGUGUAGUUGGGGGGAUCCCUGGGUGGCUCAGUGGUUUGGCGCCUGCCUUCGACCCAGGGCAUGAUCCUGGAGUCCUGGGAUUGAGUCCCACGUCGGGCUCC